GGAAGCCCGUAUGAUAUUUGUCAACAUUGCCACAGCUGCAAGUUUCAAGUUCCGUUUAUUUUAUUUCAGGAAAUCUGCACCUCGAUGUCGUUUUAAAAGCUGUGUCCAUGCAGUAAUGUGGUAUACAAUGGCCAAUGCCCAAAUGUCAUAUGAGUUAUCAGAACGGUUAAUACGAGCUAUUAGUAACUGGCAGACAUUCACAACAACGCCAGACAACGAUAUCCAGGAUCUGAUAGACCAAGGCGCCGACGUGAACCGACUACAUGGAACUCUCCUACCUCUUCACUGUGCCUGUAUGAUUCCAGACAUGGACACCCUUAAGUUGUUACUUGAAAGAGGUGCCAGGGUAAAUGAUAUCGAUGGUUAUGAGAGGGCUGCUCUACAUUACGCUGCUGAGAGGGAUGCUCUGAGUGUAGAGAUCCUCCUACAGAAUGGUGCGGACCUUAACGUCAGAGACGGUAACCUUGACACCCCGCUUCAUUGGGCAGCAUUUAAAGAUAACACAGACUGUGUGAAACUUCUACUGCAGAAUGGUGCAGAUGUUGAUGCACUGGACUAUAAUUUAGACACCCCUCUUAGCUGGGCAUCAAGAAAGGGACAUUUAGCUGUUAUAAAGUUACUCUUAGAAUAUAAUGCAUCAGUAGACUUGAAGAACCUACAUGGCCACACACCACUAAUGCGUGCAGCUAUGAUACAAGUAAGUGGAUUAAACACAGAUGCGGAUGAUGCGUGUCUAGAACUGCUUUUGAAGGCCUCCGGACAGUUUGAUAUACGAACGGAAAAUGGACAACUAAGGAGCAAGGUUGAACAGGACAAUAAACUGAGGGAGAUGCUAAUUCCGUUGUGUGAAAAUGUUAGAACUUUACAAGAUAUUUCCCGGCAUGCAUUACGUCGGAAAUUGGGAUAUAGAUUCCUGCCAAAUGUUAUACCUAAACUUCCUAUACCUCAACGACUCCGGGAGUUUGUUUUACUGCAAAGAAAAGGUCUACUGGAUGCCCUGAUAAUGUCUGUUUUAUUUAUUACUGUUUUACAGGUAAAUGAUAUCGAUGGUUAUGAGAGGGCUGCUCUACAUUACGCUGCUGAGAGGGAUGCUCUGAGUGUAGAGAUCCUCCUACAGAAUGGUGCGGACCUUAACGUCAGAGACGGUAACCUUGACACCCCGCUUCAUUGGGCAGCAUUUAAAGAUAACACAGACUGUGUGAAACUUCUACUGCAGAAUGGUGCAGAUGUUGAUGCACUGGACUAUAAUUUAGACACCCCACUUAGCUGGGCAUCCAGAAAGGGACAUUUAGCUGUUAUAAAGUUACUCUUAGAAUAUAAUGCAUCAGUAGACUUGAAGAACCUGCAUGGCCACACACCACUAAUGCGUGCAGCUAUGAUACAAGUAAGUGGAUUAAACACAGAUGCGGAUGAUGCGUGUCUAGAACUGCUUUUGAAGGCCUCCGGACAGUUUGAUAUACGAACGGAAAAUGGACAACUAAGGAGCAAGGUUGAACAGGACAAUAAACUGAGGGAGAUGCUAAUUCCGUUGUGUGAAAAUGUUAGAACUUUACAAGAUAUUUCCCGGCAUGCAUUACGUCGGAAAUUGGGAUAUAGAUUCCUGCCAAAUGUUAUACCUAAACUUCCUAUACCUCAACGACUCCGGGAGUUUGUUUUACUGCAAAGAUGAAACGUUUAAACCUCAAGACUACUAAUGAUAUUGUACAUGUAUGGGGGUUUGAAUCAAUGACACAACCAGUGAAUUGGUUAUGGUGUAUGUGACAUCUCAGUGAUCAUUAUCAGACAAGUAAUUAUAUACUAGUGAAAGCUGCUUUAGUGAAACAUCAUAUACAGUGACUUCCUGUCAUACCUGACCUAUUUAACGUGCUCGCAAUUUCAGUGCACUAGCCCCCUGGGCUUAUACCCGGUAAAAUAAGGUAGAGGCCCUUCGAGCUAUUCACAAACUUCUGUAAUGGUAUUCAGCAACUCCCUUCAACAUGACUAACAACCUUGAGUUUUUUAAACCUUAACUGUUUAUGGUUGCUGAUAUCAGAGAUCUAUAUAUGUCUCUGCUGAUAUUCACAGGAGAUUCAAUUUUGCAACAGGGUAUAUUCAUGCCAUCUUAUGGUUAUUAGAUAUAGCAUGAAAAUACCCAGGGAAUUUAUAUAUAACAACAAAUAUACUCUGAGACUGGAAAAUUCAAUACAUUAUUAUCAAAUAUACACAAUGCAUACACCAUUUACCACUUGUGCCAGUCACUGAAAUGGUUUUUUUGGUUGUUUUUUUUUUGUAACUUUUUUAAUUUUUAAAACAAUUGACAAACAAGUUAUCACCUUAUACAUCAAUCGCUCUUAUUCUGGGAGGAAACUGAAGUACCUCAAGAAAAACCAAAGAAGGUGAUCCCCAUAUAUACCUAUUUAUAUAUCUGGGGAAUUGACCCCUGUCACCCAGGGGAAAGACAAAAGUGUUUCCACUACACCGCAUGAUCAUGGGUUUAGAAUUAUGUAGCAUGAUUCAUUUUUAAGCAUUUUCUAAUCAAUAUUAUUAUCAUUCAUUGAGAAAUAUUUUUAGUAUUUUUUUCAAUAUAUUUUUUAUUUUUACUCUUUUUGAUUUUUCAUUGCAUUCAGGAGAUCAUUUUGAAUAUUAAAUUAAACCUAUCAUUAUAUACAUAAAAGUUUAAUUAUAAAUUUUGAUACUUUUUAAUUAAUAUUUAACAAAAGUUUAUCAUAUAAGAUGUUGAUCAAGAGCUUCUAAGCUUCAGACAUUGCAGGCUGCUUAUUUAGGUAAAGCAUCCCCAUCAACAUGUGAAUGGCAACAUGAAGAAAAGGUGAAAAAGUCGUUUUAUUGAUUAUAAUCAUACAAACAAUGCACUUAAAAUAUUUAAGUGUUAAAAAGUGAUGGGUGAGAACUCUUUAUUUUAAAACAUACCAUUUUAUUGACUCACAAAUAUGAUUAUAUUAUGUAUAAUAAGGAAUAGGUGUUAAUUAUGUAGAAGAUGUUUUAUUGUUUUAUUGAUAAGAAAAAUAUAACCUACAAGUGCUA